AUGAGUCGCCCGCAUCUUUUGACUCCUGCCGAGACCUUCGAGAAGUACGAACGUCGAUCUCCAGCCUUCCAUUCUCCAAUACCAGCCACAUCCACCCCUAAUGAGAGUAUAAUAUUCGUGGGGGACGCGAAUGCUCUCACCGAACGAAAGGGUAAGUCAAAAUAGUCAAAAAAAUUAGGUUCAGUUCCAUUCGGCUGGAUAAUCUGCGUUGCUGUUUCUGUCCCAGUUUUCAUCAUGGUCGUCCUUUUCGCUGCUGUAUGGCUUCAGGAACUGGGUUGGAUAUGA